AAAAACCUAAGGCCCCAAUGAAACAGUAUCUUGUGGGUGCUCCUUGGGAAAGAAUGGCCAUUGACAUUCUAGGACCUUUACCAUGUAGUGUGAAUAAUAAUCGCUAUCUAAUGGUAGUUCAGGAUUAUUAUUCCAAAUGGACGGAAGCCAUACCAAUUCCAGACACUGAAGCAGUUACAGUUGCUAAGAAAUUUGUAGAAAGAAAAGUAACCAUUUUUGGGGUUCCUCUUUCUAUUAACUCAGACCAAGGGUCUAAUUUUGAGUCUCAUGUGUUUAAAGAGAUGUGUAAUAUUUUGGGUAUUCAUAAAACCCGUACAACACCAGUCAGGCCAAAAUCGGAUGGUAUGGUUGAAAAGUCGAAUUCAACUAUUGAAACUAUGUUAUCUGCCUUUGUAAGCAAACACCAAAGAGAUUGGGACGAAUAUAUUUAUUUAUUAAUGUUGGCCUAUAGGUCAUCAGAACAUGAGAGUUUGGGUACAUCUCCAUGUUCCAUGUUAUUUGGAAGAGAAGUUAAUUUACCAGUAGAUUUAAUUCUGGGUGGACCAGAGACUGAAAAGUCACCUUUACAUUUAAAAACUGUUUAUGCAUAUGAAUUAUCUCAAAAGUUAGAGGUAAUUCAUCAAUUUGCACGAAAUAAAUUAAAACUGUCAAGCGACAGGAUGAAAAGAAAUUAUGACAUUUCAACAAAAAUGCAGAAAUUUGAUGCAGGAGAUCCAGUGUGGUUGCACAAUCCUCGUCGUGUAAAGGGGUUGUGUCCAAAAUUACAAAAUAAUUGGGAAGGUCCAUAUAUUGUGGUAAAUAAACUUAAUGAUGUGAUAUAUCGUAUACAGAAAGGUCCAAAGACCAAACCUAAAGUAGUGCACCAAGACAGGUUGAAGCCCUAUCUUGGGGAAAAUGUUUCAAGUUGGUUAAAAUAGAUAUGAUGGAUAGGAGGGGAAGUGAAACCCUAAAAUUCCAUAUAUCUAUCCAGUAUAGUACAGUUUUUGGUUAUUUUAUAGAAAUAUAUAAAAUCAAAUAGCGAGAUUUUAAAGGAAAUGUUCCUUUUUAUAAUUGCAGGUCACAGUAUAUACCUGUGGAAUUUGCCAUGAUUUCACUUUUGACCAGUCAAUAAUAUGCAAAAGGCAUAUGACGGAACAACAUAGUGGGUUUGGUUGGAGGUGUGAGGAGUGUAGGUUGGUGGUAAGCCGUAGAGCUGCCCACAAGAAGUGUGAGGGAAUGUUGAAGUUAAUAAACAGGACCACAAUGACUUGUACAAAAGAGGAGGAGGAUCAGUUCCUUCUGUUCCAAAGACAGAGAGAGGAAAAGAUGAUAACGGAGAGGGUGGACAAGGAAGAAAAAAAGGAGCUGCAGAAAGAUAGCAAAAAGAGGUCUCACAGGAAGGAACAGGACCAAGGGACAAAGAAGUAGAGGACAGAACUUGGGAACUUGUAUGUGGAGAUUAAUAUGGUAUUUGGGGAUGGAGGGGAGAAAAAGAAGAAGGAAGUUAAGAAGGUGCAGGAGAAGAAGAGAACACCAGAGGAAGAAAGGGAGAGAAAGGAGAAGAGGGAAGAAAAAAAGAGAAGGAAGGAAGAAAAAGAAGUGGAGAAGGAGAGUAAGAAAGGAAAAGAGGAUGAGACGGAGAAGAAGAAAGAAGAAAAGGAGAAGAAGAAGGAGGAGAGGGCAAGUAAGAAAGAGGAUGAGAAGAUAAAGGAGAACAGGAAGGAGUCGGUGCAAAAGCAGAAAGAGGUACUUUCUAAUUUAUGGAAGGAGAUGGAGAAUUCCUCAGUGGGAAGUCUUGAGGAAGUUUCACUAUGUGAUCCGGAGGAGGAUGCUUUUUUGGAUAAUAUUGUGGGUUUCACUUCGGCAGUGGAACCUAUUUCUCCUCUGCCAAGUGAUCCCUGCAAGACCAGCCCCAAUCCUGAUAUGCCAUAUACAGACAUCCCUGUUAUAACCGUCCCCGAUAUUGAUACAGCCAUCCCUAAUAUUGAUGUCUCUGUUGUGGAACUACCAUCAUUGGAACCACCCCUCACCUCCACUAGUUUAUGUAUCCCGUUAGCUACACAGCCUUGUCCAACCUAUUCGCCUACUCAGGAACUCCUCUCCCCAUCUGAAUUGAGAAAGGCUGCUGCCAUUUACACUCCUACCCCAGUAAAGAAAUUAAAGUUGGAACAAAUACAAAAGAGCCAGCAAACCCGUUUUUUUAUAAAUGUUGGUGGAACCAGAUUUGAGACCUCAGCCACAGUUUUUCAGUCCUGUCCAGAGUCCAUAUUAUCUGCAAUGAUCAAGGAAGACUCUCCCGUAAAGCCGUAUAUUUUCGAUGGGCGCCAUACCUAUUUUUUGGAUCGUGAUGCCAAACAUUCCCCCCUCAUCUUAAAUUAUUUAAGGAACCAGGCCCGGACCCAUUCCGAAAUGCUUCCCAGAGUUUUUGGGCCACUCUCUUCCCACCGGCUGCAUUUUGAUCAUGGUCAGGGCGUUGAAAGCUUCCUCAUGUUUCAUUAG